AAAUCGCUGGCUGCCACCGCGGCAAUGGAUGGAUCCAUGAUGACUCCCUCCAUUUCCUAGUCCAAUUCUCUAAGAAUUCUUUCCCUACUCAUCACUCCAUCUGCGUCAAGUGUUGUUCGUUCCCGCUUUUUCCACCCAAAUCAUACAUACUCACUCGACUAGUCGGUUUCUAGCUCUACAAAAAUUUGGUCGCUCUACCACAAUGCUUCAGAUCAUUGGAGGCCCGGUUCCUCCCAAUACUGACCAUGCAGUCAGCGUGUCACUUCCCACUUGGAAAGCAAAUGUGGCUUAUGAAGAGGGGGAGCCUUGGAUAACAAACAGUAUGCAAUGCGGCUAUCCACGAUUUUUUAUACAUCCAAUCAUUCAGGAGCUUGCGGUGGAGAUAGUACAACGCUUUGGUACGCCAGAUUCGGAGACUGCCAUAUUGUUCCCAUCCAUUGCCACCGCCGAAAUGUGCCAUUCCUUCAUGAAGUCGAGGAUAUCAACGGAACACCACGACAAGAUCCGGAUCACGAGUUUCAGUCCCUCUCACCAAACAGAUGCUGGCUUUCCCACCACAACAUUGCUAUUAUCAGCUGUGAUAUAUCCGAAAGAGUUUGCUUCCAUUGCCAAGCAGGUGUGGCAACACACUGGGAAUGGCAUAUCGAGUCGGCGGGGCGAGUUCUGCCUGGGUGCCCUAAGAAGUGGCUUUCUUGCUGAGAGAAAAUCCCAUGCGACAGAUGCGGCGCCUCGGAGAAUCUGUAAAGGCCCUCGGAGAUACCAGGGGCGCGAUUCGAUCAGUGGAAUAGGUCGACGCAAUAGUACACAACAUCAUUGUAAGGACUUGUCAUCCACAAGAGAAGCACAGGAUGGCAAAGAAUAUGUACAAUUCAUUGAAGAACGAUUUGGGCGCAACUUGAAUAUCUCGCUUGCUGAUCAGGCACGGUUGGCUGUACGCCGGAGAAUAGCAGGUGUUCUCACAGCUGACGUAGAGCUGAAUGAAGCUCUCGAGGAGACGGCAGGAGAAGGUCGUGUGGCGGGGCUGACGGAGGCUGACGUCUUUCUACAUCCAACGGGGAUGAGCUCUAUCUUUAACGCACAUCAGAUGUUACUGGCCAGCAGAGGACAACUGAAAAGCAUAUGCUUUGGGUUUCCUUACAUCGACUCGUUGAAAAUCCUUCAGAAAUGGGGUCCCGGAUGCUUGUUCUAUGGCCAAGGUUCUGCAGAAGAUCUCGAUGAUUUGGAAUCACGUUUGCAGGCAGGCGAACGGUUCCUGGCUUUAUUCACGGAAUUUCCGGGCAAUCCCUUGCUGAAAUCUCCAGAUCUGAGAAGAAUUCGCCAACUCGCUGAUAGGUAUGAUUUUGCGGUUGUGGUUGACGAGACUGUAGGGAACUUCCUGAACAUCAAUGUUCUCCCUUCUGCAGACAUUGUGGUUAGCAGUUUGACCAAGAUAUUCAGUGGGGAUAGCAAUGUUAUGGGAGGAAGUGCAGUGCUCAAUCCACAUGGGCAUUAUUACCAUUCUUUGAGAGAGACUUACGCCCGUGAAUAUGAAGACAAUGUCUGGGCUGAAGAUGUCGUUUUCUUGGAGCGGAAUAGCCGGGAUUUCGCAUCCCGAAUCGAGAAGAUUAAUCGAACCACAGAAGUAGUUGCAGAACUGCUACUAAAUUCUCCGCGAGUUAAGAAUGUUUAUUAUCCGAAGUUCAACCCUUCUCAACCUCUUUAUGAAGCAUUCCGCACCCAGAAUGGGGGAUACGGUGGCCUCUUCUCUGUUACGUUCCAUUCAACUGCGGAAGCAACUGCUUUCUUCGAUCAACUUGAAGUACAUAAGGGCCCAAGUCUCGGAACGAAUUUUACAUUGAGCUGUCCAUAUACAUUGUUGGCCCACUACGGUGAACUAGAAUGGGCGAAUUCCUUCGGUAUCGAAUUCGGUCUUGUCAGAAUAAGUGUCGGCUUGGAAGAGGAGUCAGAUCUAUGUAAUCGGAUACAACAGGCUUUGAAAGCGGUAUCUGAUGUCAUAGCAUGAUAUUCUAUGAACAGAUUUGCGCCGUUCUGUUGCAUUCAGCGCCGGGCAUUCCAGUCUUGAAAGACGCUAGACAGUCUCACGCGGUACUUUUGCGAUAUGAUAAUAACUUUAGCCCCUGAGUAUAUAGAAGUGUUUUGUCAGAGUGAUAUCAUAG